AUGGGGGACUCAGGAUCCAGAAGAUCUACCCUGGUCUCCCGUUUGCCAAUAUUCAGAAGAAGUAUUAGCAGAAGACAUGACUCUCUUCCUUCUUCACCCUCCUCCAGUAACACUGUUGGUGUCCACAGCUCUUCUCCUUCCAGCACGAACUCAAGUUCAGGUAGUACAGGUAAACGCAGGAGCAUAUUCCGAACUCCUUCAAUUAGCUUCCACCAUAAGAAGGCAAGUGAACCCAAGCAGGAGCCUGCCAGUCAGAACCGUAAUAUUUCAAAUGGUGCUCAACCUGGACAAAAACUGAGCUUAGAAGAGCAGAUCAAAACCAGGGGAAGACAUUCUGUUGGUUUUAGUAGUUCACGAAGUAAGAAGAUAACAAGGUCUUUGACAGAGGAUUUUGAAAGGGAAAAGGAGCACCCAGCUAAUAAGAAUGUUUUUAUCAAUUGUCUUAGUUCUGGCAAAAGUGAAGGGGAUGAUUCUGGAUUCACAGAAGAACAAACUCGCCGUUCUGUUAAACAGUCAACAAGAAAGCUACUUCCUAAGUCUUUUUCAUCUCACUAUAAAUUCUCUAAGCCACAGAGCCAAUCUGUUUCAUUAGUACAACAGCCUGGAUUCUCAUUGGAAGUUGCACAAUGUCAAGAGAGAGAACCUGUAUUAGUCAGAGCCUCUCCCUCUUGUUCUGUGGAUGUAACAGAGCGGACAAGUUCCCUCCAAUCACCUUUGCUUUCUGCUGAUCUUACCACAGCUCAGACACCUUCAGAGUUUUUAGCCUUGACUGAAGAUUCUGUAUCUGAGGCGGAUGCAUUCCCCAAAAGUGGAAGCAUGGCUUCCCAGUGUGACAAUAUCGGCCACAAUGAUUCUACCUCUCAGAUCUCUCUCAACCCUGCUGCUGUUACAAAGACCACAAUAGAACUUAUGGCAAAUGUUCCCUGUGCAGUUAUGUCUCCUGGAAAACACAGAUUAGAAGGUCCAUGUAGUACUAAAUCUACUUCCUUACCUGAAACCCCUGCUGCUAACCAGAAGGAAGUGUUAUUGCAAAUUACUAAACUACCUGUUAUGGAUGUGAGUGACUCAGAGAUUUGCUUAUCAAUAGAUAAUCAAAGAGAAGACAAUAUGGUGUUACAAAAUGGUGAGAUGGUGCUGAGCACAAGCUCUCCAAGGAAGCUUGGAUUUUAUGAGCAACAUAGAGCGAUACCGGAACGUGUUAAAGGAAUCCAUCCUAUCUCAGAUUCAAAGAUAAUACCUGCUUCUGGUGAUCAUCAUAUUUUUAACAAAGCAUCAUAUGGCUAUGAAGCGAAUCCCACCAAAGUUCUUGCCAGUAGCUUCAGUCCCUAUCGGGAAGGAAGAUUCAUAGAGAGGCGGCUGCGAUCCUCAUCAGAAGGAACUGCAGGGAGUAGCAGAAUGAUUGUGAAACCUAAAGAUGGAAAUAUUGAAGACAUUAAUAGUCUAAGAAAGCAGAGGACAGGUUCCUCAUCUUCAAAAAUGAAUAGCAUGGAUGUUUUGAAUAAUUUGGGAUCUUGUGAACUAGAUGAAGAUGAUCUCAUGCUUGAUCUAGAAUUUUUGGAGGAACAGAAUCUUCACCCUUCAGUUUGCCGAGAAGAUUCCUACCAUUCUAUAGUCUCAUGUGCUGCUGUAGUUCUUACGCCUAUGGAACCACCAAUAGAAAUGAAGAAAAGAGAAGAGCUUAAAUUUCCCGAGCCUUCCAGACAGAACCUUUCCCUGAAAUUAACAAGAGAUCUUGAUCAGGAAGCCAGGUGUUCACAUCUCGGCCGCAUGCCCAGCAGUCCAUCUUCAGAUUGGCCGCUACAAGGUGUGGAAGAAAAUGGAGGUAUAGAUUCCCUGCCUUUCAGACUGAUGUUACAAGACUGUACUGCAGUGAAGACAUUAUUACUGAAGAUGAAGAGAGUCCUUCAAGAGAGUUCAGAUAUGAGCCCAGCAGGUAGCACCUCCUCACUUCCUGUUAGUCCUCUUACUGAAGAGCCAUUGCCUUUCAAGGAUAUGAUGAAGGAUGAAUGUUCCAUGCUCAAGCUGCAGCUGAAAGAAAGGGAUGAACUCAUUUCCCAACUUCAGGAAGAGUUGGAAAAAGUACGGCAUUUACAGAAGGCCUUUGCUUCAACAGUAGAUAAGUCCACACAGACAGAACUUCUGGGCUAUGAUGGAUUGAGCUUCAAAAGACUGGAGGCAGUACAGGGAGGGAGAGAGGCUAUGUAUCGAAGUCGAAUUGUGAGCCAAAGCCUCAGCACAAGGGACAGAAAACCAAUGCAUACUCUCACCGAGGACCAUUUUAGAUACUCUGCAACUGACCAGACAAGCCCCUACAAAAACAAGACAUAUCAACUCUCAAGUCUGUGCUUAAGUAAUUUCUUGAAGGACAAGGAACUUGUGGAAGUUAUCAAACAUUCACGAGGAACAUAUGACGCCCUUCCUUCAGAGAUCACUCAGAAUUUGUGGGCCACAGGCGUGCAGAGCUCUCUCAAACCUGCAUCUAAGACCGAAGGGUUCUCCACAUUCUCAGAAAAACCAAAGGACCAAGCUGAUGCCACCCAACAGCAGCAUUCAACCUUUAUUGGCAGGUUUGGACAACCACCAAGAGGGCCAAUCUCUUUACACAUGUAUAGCAGGAAGAAUGUCUUUCUCCACCACAAUUUACACACCAAUGAACUGCAGACUCUAGGUCAACAGGAUGGGUAA